AGAUUAUCUUCCUCGGCUUCUUCGUCCUCGCUGAAUGAUACUCACCGGCAGAGGGAAGCAACAGAUGAGAGUGACUGCAGCGGUCGGGGAGCGAAGCGGUGGCUGGCGGCAGUGGGCAACGUUUCCCUAGCCAGUUUGACACGAACCUCGGGCGUGAGAGGGUGUGCCGCGCCUGUCUCCCGGAGCCCUCACACGUUCACCUCCUCCACCACCACCACUACCACCACAUCACCACCAGCAGCGCCUCCCUCACCGCCUCCGCCUCCGUCGCCAUGCGGUGGCCAACACAUCCCGUGGUCAUCGCGACGGCCCUACUAACCUUGACGUUAUGCAUAUCACAGGGCUCGGCCAACGCAGUCUUCGAGCUCCGCCUCAAGCACUUCCUCAACGCCAACGGCCGGGACAUCGAGGGCCACUGCUGCCAAGGCUUCAGGGACGCGCGGGGCCGCUGCUCUGGCUCCUGCAGCACCAAGUUCCGCGUGUGCCUCAAGGUGUACCAGGAGGAGAUCGACCCCUCGCCGCCCUGCACCUUCGGCGAGGCCAUCACCCCGACCCUCGGCGAGAACGAUGUGGACUUUUCGAAGGCGGACCUCGGCGCGUUCGCUAAUCCCGUGCGCUUCAUGCUGGCGUCCUGGCAGGGAACCUUCUCGCUCAUUAUCGAAGCCUUCCACGACGACGGCACCAACGAAACGGCAGCCUACGGAGGUCCCACCCUCAUCACCCGGCUCAUGACCCAACGCUUCCUGGACCUGGGCGAGAGCUGGACAGAGGACGACCACAGCACGGACCACGCCUCGCUGAGUUACGAGUACCGGGUCACCUGCCAGGAACACUACUACGGGGACGGCUGCCGAAAGAGCUGCCGACCCCGCAACGAUACCUUCGGCCACUACCUCUGCAACGCCACCGGGGACCUCGUGUGCAUGGAGGGAUGGACCGGCAUUGAAGGCUACUGCGUGGACCCCAUUUGUCGGGAAGGAUGUCACGAUAAGACGGGAUAUUGCCACAAACCCGACGAGUGCAAGUGCCACAUGGGUUGGCAGGGCCCCAACUGCGACCAGUGCGUGAAGUACCCGGGGUGCCAGUACGGGAGCUGCGAGAAGCCGUGGCAGUGCAACUGUGACGAGGGCUGGGGCGGCCUCUUCUGCAACGCCGACCUCAACUACUGCACCAACCACCGCCCCUGCAAGAACGGCGGCACCUGCUACAACACCGAGCCCGGCUCCUACACCUGCGAGUGCCCCGCGGGCUUCUCCGGCACCAACUGCGAGAUCAUCAACGACACGUGCGCCACCACGCCCUGCCAGAACGGCGGCACCUGCCUCGACACCGGCGACGACAACUUCGUGUGCCAGUGCCCCUCCGGGUACACGGGGCAGUACUGCCAGAUCUCCGGCCAGUCCUGCACCGACCGGCCCUGCCGCCACGGCGCCACCUGCACCGACACGCCCACCGGCUACCGCUGCCUCUGCCGCGCCGGCUUCGAGGGCCCCAGCUGCGAGCGGCCCGUCAACGAGUGCGCCUCGGCCCCGUGCCUCAACGGCGGCGCCUGCGUGGACGAGCACGACGGCUUCACCUGCGUGUGCGGCGUGGGCUACACGGGCCCGCGCUGCGAGGUCAACAUCGACGACUGCGCGCACCGGCCGUGCCUCAACGGCGGCACGUGCGUGGACGCCGUGGACUCGUACGUGUGCCGCUGCGUGCCGGGCUUCGUGGGCGACCUGUGCCAGACCAACGUGGACGAGUGCCGCGGCGCGCCCUGCGCCCACGGCGGCGUGUGCGUGGACCGCGUCAACGGCUUCACGUGCCAGUGCCCGGCGGGCUGGGGCGGCAGGCAGUGCACGGAGCGUGCCACGGUGCCCGCCGCGGCCUGCGCCUCCAACCCCUGUCACAACGGCGGGUACUGCCGGGAGGCCCCGGCCCUGGCAGGCGGCUUCACCUGCUCCUGCCCUGACGGGUUCGGCGGCCCGCGCUGCUCCAUCCCCACCGGCUCCAUCGUGCCGCGCGCCGACCCCGUGACGGAGACCAUGUCGGCGGCGCAGGUGGUGCUGGUGGUGGUGUUCAGCAUCGCCGUGCCCGUGCUGGCCGUGGUGUCCGUGCUGGUCAUCGUGUGCAUGAAGCGGCGACGGCAGCGCGAGCGCGCUCGCCAGGACGAGGAGGCGCGGCGCCAGAACGAGGCCAACACGGUGCACAACGCCGUCAACGCCGCCAACAACAACAAGUGCCUCGAGGACCACAUGAUCUUCAACGCCCUCGAGUACCCCGUCAAGCCGCUCAACACCCACCACGCGCCGCCGCCGCCGCCGCCCGGCCCCGCGCCGCGCCACCUCCCGCACCACCACCACCACCACCACCACCACGACGCCCACGACUACAAGAAACCCACGGAGAACGCCUACUCCAUCGUGCCGGCGCGCAGCACCAAGACGAUCAACACCGAUGUCUCGCGCCUCUCCCUCGCCGACCGCCUCGAGAAGGACUUCGACGCCGCGCCGCCGCGCACAACGCCCACCUCCGAGUACGGCGCCGCGCCCUGCAAGGCCUUCCCCGACGCCAUGCUGCCCCGCACCCACAGCCACAGUGAUGUCUACAGCAAACGCGGUGGCGGUGGAGGCGGCGGCGGCGGGGGCUGCAGUAGUGGUGGUGGUAGUAGUGGAGGAGGCGGAGGCGGAUGUGGAGUCGGCGGCAGCACCACCAGCACCAACACCAGCAGUGGAGGUGGAGGGAGUGGAGGGGACAUGCACAACUCCACCCACACGCUCUCCUCCACCUGCACGCCCUCCACCUGUACCACGCCCUCCAGUGUCUACGUCAUUGAGGAACACUACGACGAAAACUACAUCGCCACUGAGGUUUAGCCCGGUGAAGCGAGUGAGUGCCAAGUGAGGGGUAUCGAAGUGGUGCCAGGGAGUGACUGGGUCGAGUGCUAGAGACGCCAAACCAACCCUCCGCCAGUGGGUGUGAGGGAACUGCGGGUAAUGCGAGGAUCCUUUUUUUCCUCUUUUUUUCCGACAAUUUUUCCUUCCUCUCUUCCCUCCUCUCUCUUUAACGUGUGUUCGUGAGUGUGUAUCUCUGCUUAUCUCUAUCUUUCUAUCUAUCUGUCUAUUGUAUAUUAAACUUUCACAACCAAACCAAAUCUAUUUAUUAUUAUUAUUAUUUUUCCUUCCUUCCUCUUCUUUCAUUUCUCUCUCGUGUCUAUGAUGGAACAAGUCAGACCUUAGCUAUUCAUUAUUUCUAUCACCAUUAUUUUUCUCAUCUCCCUUCCUUCUCUCCUUUCCUCCUGCCUUCCUUUCCUUCUCUCCUUUCCUCCUGCCUUCCUUUCCUUCUCUCCUUUCCUCCUGCCUUCCUUCUCUCCUUCCUUCCCUCUUCCUUCCUUCCUUCGCAUUACCCGACGAAAAACAAUUAAGAAGGAAAACGUGAAAAAAUAAUAAUACUGAAGUAACGUUUUCACUUCCUCUAAGUCCUAAACGCAUCCAAAGAUAAUUAUUUGUUUGUUUCUUUCUUUAUUUUCCUCUCUUUCUUUUUUCCUCUUAUUUUCUCUCUUUCCCCGUGUCUCUACUUUCUCUCUUUAAUUAAUUUUAGAUCAAUUAUUGUACAUGUGUUAUUUAUUUAUUUGUUAAAGAUACACUAAUUUUUUUUACAUAAGUUAAGUGAUAAGGUUGUAUGUGUGUGUGUGUGUGUGUGAUGGGGGAGAGGGAGGGGGAGAGAGGAGGAGGAGGGAGAGAGGAAGGGAGGGAGAGUGAAGGGAAGGGAAGGGGGGGAGGUAACGAGGAGGGGUGGGAGGUAUUCUGCUCCCACUUCUUUCCUCCCCUUCCCUUCUCUCUCCUCUUCCCCUUCGUGUAGCCAAAAAUGUGUCUUUCCUCCCCUUCCCCUCCCUCAUUCCUUCCCUCUCCCCUUUUCUUCCCCUUAGACAAAACCGCGGUGUGUGUGUGUGUGUGUGUGUGUGUGUGUGUGUGUGUGUGUGUGUGUGUGUGUGUGUGUGUGUGUGUGUGUAGGUUAGCGGUUACUGGUCGAUCUCAAAUUUUGUUACUUAAAAGUGCGUGUGUGUGUGUGUGUGUGUGUGUGUGUGUGUGUGUGUGUGUGUGUGUGUGUGUGCUGGAGCCAGAGCCCAAAUAAUUAACGUUCCCUAAUUAAUAAUAACUCCAGAAAAGUCAGUCAAUUAAUGAACUCAAAUAAAUAAAAGUGAGUGAAAAUUAAAGAAAGAAAAUGGAAAGUGAAGAAGACGACGAGCUAUUUUCUACUUUUGUACAGGUGUGUGCAGGUGUAAUUAAUUAACUCAUUAGCGACAGGUGUGUGAUGUUAGGUAAGGUAAAAAUUGUCCCCCCUUUACCUCCUCCCCUUUCCCUUUCUCUCCUCUUCCUCCCCUUCCUCCUCUCCCCAAAUUGAAGGGCAUUACGAGAGUGGAGGAGAGAGGGGAAGAAGAGGAGAGAGGGAGGAAGGAGGGGAAGGGGUGGAGUCAGUCAUUGUUAUGUCCUAAUGUUAUUCUCAUCCUUUGUUGCAUUUAUUUUGUAUUUAUUCUUUAUUUUCUUUUACCUUUUUAUCCUUCCUUUCUAAACUUUUUCCAUCUCCUUUACUGCUUCUAUUUUCUUUAUAUUCUAUUCAGUCCCUUUCUUCCUUCUUUUUUUUCCUCUUCCUCCUCCUCCUCCUACUACUAUUUACUACAACUACUAUUAAUUUUACUACUACAACUAUUUCUGUUCCUUUCUAUUUUCUUCUCCUCCCUUCUUCCUCCUAUGCCUCUCCUCCUCCUCCUCCUUCUACUACUACUACUACUACUACUACUACUACUACUACUACUACACCUGACCCCCAUCACCUGUGCUCCCCUAAUUAGCACGGCCAGGUAGACAGACAAGCGUUCCGUUCUCGUGUGUGAGUCGCGUUGAUGAUGAUAAUGACAAUGAUGAGUUUCGUUGAAGAAAUGAUGUGACAUUAUUAUUAUUAUUAUUAUUGCUGUUUUGUGUUCCGUGCCUCCCAGUGACCCCCCCUCUCUCUCUCUCUCUCUCUCUCUCUCUCUCUCUCUCUCUCUCUCUCUGGACCCACAGGAUGUCACCCCACAGGAUGUUGACAACCCCCACAGACACAUCCCCCCAGACACAUACGCCCCCUCUCUCUCUCUCUCUCUCUCUGCAGUUGUCAGCCAGAUAUAUAAAAAAUAAUAAUACAUGUAAGGCAACUGUAGUCACUCUCUUACACACACACACACGGGGUCACUGGGUUGGUCAUAAUAUGUGUUGUCUAUGUGUCUGUCUCUGUCUGUCUACACUUUUUUUUUUCGUCCCCCCUCGCGGCUCUCCUGUAAGUGUAAGUAUCGCCAAGUGUGUGUCAACUAAGGUUAUUUAAACAGCCUGUAAAUAUCUCUUGUAAAUCUUGUGUACAUAAACCACUUCGUCCUCGGAACAGAAGGAAUAAAAGGAAUAUUUUUUCAA